CGGCCCUAACUGGAGUCUCUACGCCGCUUCAAUCUUCAAGCGAUCCAUGCAGCCAUCUAAGGACGCCACCAUCUAAAACUACUGUAACCGAUGAAAGUUAAAAAGUUCGGAUCUUCAACCCAUAUCAGUUUCGGAAAGUCCAGCUUUCUCAGAUCAGCUCUUUCAUAUCAGUAUUUCUGUUUGACAUGGUAUAUCCUCCUCACACAUAUCCUCUCAAGAAUCGCUGUUGAAAUGUCUGUUCUCUCCGCUUCCUCAGGAUGCCAGUCAAAGGCUUGGAAAACUGAGAGCCUGAACCCUGUUCGAGAUGCAGGUACUCCCGCUCAGACUUAUGGAGCCGCCAAGUUUGCAUUGCUCUCUCGAGCUUCCCCUCGGGUCGGGAAAGUUUGAUAUUCUGUGCCUCGGACCUCGUCCUUUAGAUUCUAUAGGACAUUUCUACUGUAUAUAUUUCUUUGUUGGAUCAGCUCAGGGGUCAAGCUUCUCGAAGUCGUGAAGUCCCGAGAUCAGGCCAAUGUCGAUCCCUUUGCAAC